AUGGGGGUUGCCAGGGUUGUGGGAUUCUUGCUGUUGUUAAUUGCCAUUGCUAAGGCUUCGCAUGUCUCGCAGGACGAAUCAAGGGCCCCUUCUCUGAGCGUCCGUGCCAACACGGUCGGCAACAAUUGCCCCGUUCUUCCCGACCAUUGGCCUAGUUCAUGGCUGGACGUAUGGUUCCCUCCAUACGAUCGUGAAAAGGCGGAAGCAAUGCGCUACCGCUUCCAGGCUGGCGUCAAUUUGGGAUCAUGGUUUGUGAAUGAAAAGUGGAUUGCUCCUUCGCUCUUUAAUUGCACACUGGAUGGCGAGAAGGGCGAACUUGCAAUCCUGCGCGGCUACGGCAACACGUCGCAGGGUAUCCGAAGUGCGCGUGCGCUUCUUGAGAAACACUGGGACACGUGGAUUACUGAGGAAGACUUUAAGAAGAUGCGGAACCAAUACAACGUGAACUCGGUCCGCAUUCCCAUUGGGUACUGGAACUUGCCUGGCGCACAGUUCACCCAGGGAACUCCUUUCGAAGCGUGGUCGGAAGUAUACAAAAAUAGCUGGAAGUACGUGCGACGUGCAAUCAAGGUGGCUGGUGACCACAACAUUGGUGUACUCUUAGAUAUGCAUGGCGCAUAUGGCUCGCAGAACGGGCAGGAGAACAGCGGCUUCAAUCGUUUUUCUGUUGAAUUUUCCCAACCUGAAAAUCGAAGGCGCACAAAGGAAGCACUAGUCUGGAUUGCUAAUGACCUGAAAGAUGUCACGAACCUCGUCGGCAUUGAGCUCUUGAACGAGCCUUGGAAUGAGUCUGGGCUGGGUUGGUGGUUCAAGACCACGGCCAAAGCGAUUCAUGACAUCGGGGGUCAUGUUGCAAACCUGCCGAUCUACUACAGUGACCCGGCCGUUCCCCAUAAUAUUGCCGAUUCGGAGAACAAGCCCUCGUAUACGGCCUAUGACAAGCACCAGUAUUACACGUUCGUGAAUAGGAACGCGCCAGUGUCUGAAAUCCUGGAAAAGGUCCGGGGUUCUGAUCAUGACAGGCUCAUGAAUCUUCAAAACUCCCUCAAAGGCCGCCUGGUCAUCGGAGAAUGGUCAUGCGCACUGGACGCAGGAUCAAUGAGUGGCAAUUCUGCGCAACAUGUACAACAGAGGAGAGAAUUUUGCCAGACUCAGACGGACUCAUAUCGCAACGUUUCAUCCGCGAUGUACUUUUGGUCCUAUAAGUAUGAAAACUGCAAAUUUUGGGGAGGCUGGUGCUUUGACCAAAUGUACGGAAAGUACAUCAGCACAUACGGAGGUUAUGACCUGACUUUGUCAGAGUCGAACAUGGUUCUCUCCCAUUUGCCUACCCUUAUUCCUCCCAUGAUGGUAAUAAUGACAAGGCGCAAGGCUUUAAGGAUGGCUUUCAUAUAG